AUGGAGGUGGUAAUAACGGGCUUUUUUUUCGCUCGUCAUAGAGCCUGCUUCCUGCGGCCGGACACCGGCCCCUGUCGCGCCGAGAUCCUUCAGUGGUAUUUCGACGCUAAAGCCGUGAAGUGCUACCGAUUCUGGUGGGGUGGUUGCCAGGGCAAUGGAAAUAAGUUUGAGUCAAGAAAGGAAUGUUUGGACUACUGUUUCCUACCUAGCGAUAAUGCCCCGAAAGAGAACCGUAAAUCAAGAAGACCAAUUUUUUGUAGCUUGGCCUUUGACUUUGGGAGUUGCUUUGGACAUUAUAAUCGUUGGUAUUUUGAUCUUUUUUACGAGACAUGCAGACGACGCAUAUACUCGGGGUGUGGCGGUAACCAGAACAACUUUCAGACACUGAAGGAGUGUGUAGGCAACUGCUUGAUGGGUCCAAACAGCACCAUGGGAGGCCACUACCAGAAAACCACUUGCAUACCACUGGAUAUACCCGAGCUGCAGUAAUAAUAGAUACCACUUGAAACGAAGACUUUUAGUAUCAUAAUAAACGAAUAAAAUAUAAUAUAUAACGUAACUGUA